UUUUCAAUAAUUCAUUGAUCAGUCUUUAAAACAACUUGGAUUGAAUUGUCUAUUGAAAGCAUGGAUUCUGUAUUAAAGAGUUCUGAUUAUGGGGGAUUUGUUGAACGCAAGAAUUGUUGAUCUCAAUAAGCGCAUGCAGAACAUGUGCGUUGGAUUUUAAAAUACAAUAUGUUCAAUAGAAGAAAGGGUCUUGCUCUCUUAUCAUGUCAGUAGUGUGUAUUCUCAAAGGCUACUCAUUCAUUUUGCUCAUUUAACAGAAGAUAGCCCUAUACGGCCGACCUUUUCUCUUUUUUGUUCAAUGGGGAGGAGUUUAUGGAAGUACGAGUGAAAACUUUAAAGUGAUUGAAAUUGUUUAAUUCCACCCUUGCGAGAUUAAACGCUGGACAUUUUUGAUAAAAACUUGAUGAAUGCUUUCAACACAAAUAUUACGUUAUUGAUAAUUUUUUCUUGUGAGAUUGCAAAUCUGGAAAAAUGACGUCGCCGAGCAAAUAAAAUUACCGAAUAAAAGGAAACCCGUCAAUCUUGAAAGUAGAACUGAACAAACAGUCGCCGAUAAAAAAGACCAUUUUACCUGCAAAGGAAUAAAUGUGUCCGAGGACCAUUGCACUUGAAGUUUUCCUCGUUGCGGCGUGAAAUGAGACCGAAAUUAAUCAAUAGCUCAGAUUCAUUUCGUAGAGAAGUAGUUGAGCAACUAGCGACCAUGGUAGAAGCAUGCGGAGGCGACCACACUGUCGGGGACAGCUCGUAAUCCUCCAUCCAGCAAUGAAAGUCAAGAAGCAGAACAAGGUAGUAGAGAGGCAACUGGAGAACACACUGCAUUUCAUCGAACAGAAAUGUCAGUUCCAAACCGAAAAGCUGGAGAAGUCUAUCAAAAGUGUUCAGAGGCAGUUGGAGGAUAUAGAAAGUGAUAGGAAAAGAGGUGGAAUUCCGGGGAGAUCGUUGGAUGAUUUAUACGGAAGGUUUGCUAUUACACCGGAAUCGGCGCAAAAACGCCGGCGGCGCCGAGCGGUAUCUUGUGAGUUAGGGACCCCGAAACGGAGACAUCAUUGCAGGCAUUUUCCGUGUGAAAUGCCGCAGACCUAUCAUUCAAUAGGAUUUCGAUUUGACUCGGAUAAUACAAAUUGGGUUCCAUGGAAACAAAUGAGAAAUGACUUAAGUGAUGAAACUCAGAUUGUUCUUGAAAAUUCAACACUAAUGAAUACCGGCAUAUCUCGUCUUCGGGCGGAAAGACGAGCCGAUAUUUUGAAAUUAGAAAUGGAUAAGAGAAGGAAACGAAUGGAAGAUGAAAGACCAGCGGCAUGGGAAACAAACUACGGAAAACCAACGCCAAUUCGAAGGCUAAAGUACCCAGUUCGCCUUGAACCUUUGGAUUAACCUAAGCGAGCGCUAGCGAUCGUCAUUUCCUUGUAAAACAAAGAUUGUUUACUAAAUCGAUGUUAAAUAAUUGUUUGAGAGAGGAUUAACUCGAGAGUAUUUUAUUGUGACUUAAAACUGUUUACAAUCAGUGUGUGCCAAAAUAAAGAUUUGUAGGAACCUAGCCCGUGUUAACAAACGCAGGUAUUGACUUAACAAUUCGAAAAGUUUUCAACCCAACCCUAUCGUUAAGUUGGUUUACUGAAGAAAGUUUUAUUGAUUUAUGUCGUAAUGGUCGCUAUGUGUGCUGUUCUUUAGUCCUAUGGAACUUUAUAGAUUGUUGAAAAUCAUUAAUAUAAUGGUUAAUAUUGUAAAAUGCUUUGCAAUACUUCAAUAUUGAAAGGACGCUGACGUGUUCAGCAUAAUAAACUUGGAAUACUUUUAUGCAGAAAUGAUUGGUUGUCUAGAUGGUGUAAUCGAUUUUUGAUUGUUCAAGAUAAAAUUACGCAACGACCGCUUAAUAAUGAAAUUAUUUUGAAGCAUUGUAUUAAAAACUCUUGUUUUCAUUUAUUUGUAUUAAAGUUUUAAAUCUCA